UGCUUUGAAAGGUCGACGCCGGGUCGUAACGUCAGUACUUCUAACUUGACAGUCGUUUCUUCAAGCCUUUUCCGGUUACACGGGUUUGAAAGCGGCAGGUUUUCUGUUUGCAGUCAACUUUUAAAAUUAGGGCACUUUAGCGACCAGUGUUAAACACUUUUGUAACAACAUCGCAUUGACCGAGGAUUCAAGGAUUAACGCGGUCACCGUACAAGUUAUGAAGAGUUUGUGACAGUUAGGACACCAGAAGGUGGAAGAAGCUAUCCGAAAAGGAAGCGGCUAGUUAUGAUUUCACCAGCUGACAGGUGGGAGUAGUAUAUGAGAGAGCUCUACAAUGUGGACAGACAAGCAAAGAGGAAUCAGAGUUUCUCAGGAGGAGCUGCUCUGCAAGAACUCCUGUGGUUAUUAUGGAAACCCCGCAUGGCAAGGCUUCUGCUCCAAGUGCUGGAGAGAGAGGGCACGUCCAGCUGGAUCCCCGAGACGAGACACGAGGCCGACCAAUGAAGGAACUCCUCUCACCUUCUCCAAAUUCGAGGAGAAGAAAAGCACAGAGAAAGGACGUCGAAUUAACACAGUGAGGAGGCUCUUCUGGGGCAGCCCAUCGCCUCCAAAACGCCAAGAGUCUUCUGAAAGCUACACACAUGUGUUAAAAGCCUACCAGAGUCUUGAGCCUGGGGACUUCACUGGUUUCCUAAAGCUACUUCGGAGCCCUCCAUCCCAGCGCAUGCAGUCCCGAUGUACAGCUUUCCUCAACACAAUGGAGGCUUAUCAUGCUCUGCCGGUUCAGAAGCAGUCGGAUCUUGUGCAAGAUUUCUACCAGUCUUUUGCUGAAUAUUUUAGCAGUUUUUCUGAGGUGCAGGUUACUCAGAUAAUGGAGCAUGUGGAGAAGUUAGUAAUGACACGGCUGCACAAAUGGGUUUUCUGCCAUGACAGCUGUGACGACGAACAGAAGGACCUGGCUCUCCAGAGGAGGAUCCGCUCUUUGAACUGGGUUACUCCCCAGAUGCUCAGCGUCCCUUUCCCUGACAAAAAGACUGCAGUCACAUGUGACCCGUUCCUGCCUGCUAUAACAGCCAUAAUUGAGAUGGAUGCCAAACGAGCGCCUCAGGACAAACUUGCAUGUGUGUCCAAAUGCAGUCAGCAUGUCUUUGAGGCGCUCUCCACGUCCAACAGCGAGCCCGCUAACGCUGACGACUUCCUCUCAGGCCUGAUUUAUGUGGUGCUGAAGGCUAAUCCACCUCGACUACACUCCAACAUGCAAUACGUGAUUCGUUUCGGUCUCCCUCACAGUCUGAUGGCGGGAGAGAGCGGCUACUAUUUCACAAAUUUGUCUUGUGCAGUAUCCUUCAUUGAAAAACUGGAUGGACCGGCACUCAACCUCAGUCCAGAGGAGUUUGAGACCUACAUGCUGCAUCAACGUGCUCCCGCUGCGGGAAACAGGAGGCGGAAGGUUGCCAGUGAUGCACAACACCUGUUAGAGGAGCUAAAAGGCAGACAGGAGAAGCUUGACCAAGGGAUGGAUGCUCUCAACGUGGAGCUACAUAAGUGGGUCCAGGCAGUUAAUUCCCAGCUGGAUGAGGCAACGACCCAGUUUUCUCUGGUACAGAAGGAGAUGGCGGCUCAGGUUGAGCUCUCACAGAUCUUGUCAUCCCCAGCUCAGGUUGCCUCACUGCAAGGGGAUGACAAUGACCAGUCGGUAGUGGUGCUUACAGAUCAACAUGCUGGUUCAGAAGAAGACACAGACUGUUAACAAAAACACCAAAACAAACACUGAUUUAUAUUAUUAGGUUCCAACUGCAGAAGGCAGGGAUUUGUACACCAGUUGAACAUGAAGGUAAACUUCUUGAAGGAAACUUUGAAUUUAGUAUCACAAAGCACCUACAGAUUUGCAAUGAUUUGUUAAAAGAUAAUUUGCACUUGUAACCUGUGUCAGGAUGAAGGCCAUUAAAAUACAUUUAACGUAACAUAUGUGACCCAAAUUAAUGUUGAAGCACUCAGGGUACAUGGCACUUAGGGAUAUCAGCUAACACUUUAAGAGUGCUUAUUUAAGAUUUUUGUUUUUUUGUAGUAUUGUGUACCGAUGUGCCUUCACGUAGACCACUGUGAAAUUAAAAAUAUGCUACAGGAGUAAAUUUUAGAUGGGAGUUGUUGAUCACUGCAAGACACAGGGUGUAUUUAGGUAAACCAUGUUUUUCCGAGUUGUGUGACUGUUCUCAACAUGCUGCCUUCACUGUCUGUACGGAGAUGAAAUACCGGUUGCAAUGAAUUUUAAAGCACAUUUUACCAUCUAUGUUUGUCAGCAGAACACACAUGUUGUUUACAACUGUUUCUGAAGAAAUUAUGGGGUUUUGAUGUUAUGAUCUGUGAUUGUAUCCAUUAUUAUAUUAAAGUGGAAUUAUGACCUAAUAUUA